AUGUUUAAACGUGCGUUAAAUACCUUUAACAAGACUGCGUUGGAUAACACGUUCAGUUCCCCUCCCGUGGUGGUGACCCAUAGCGACCUCCCUUCCCUCGCCACCAUCACCGCCGCCACUACCUCAUCCCACAUGAAGCUGCGGCAUCUCAAGAUCCCGUUCUUUCUCGCUGUAGUCGUUAGUUUGUGCUGCUGGGCCGCCCUCGUCUUCUCCUUCACGUCGACGUCGUCCACAACACCCACCGGCGGAGGACUUCGAGCGUCUGCGAACAAAUACCUCGAUGGCAUUCUCAAUCGGCAGCCCCUCGAACUUACCCCCACCAUGCGACAACCAAACAAUCAGCUCCUUCCCGUGAAACUCCCGCCGUGGCGGCAAAAUUUGUCGAUGACCAACCCCGCAGACGACUUUGAGUGCCUCGGAUGGCGCCAAACGGGCGAGUGCGACCCCGACGGUCCGCGGGAGCCGAACGAGGACAAAGGAUGCGACAAAGUCAUCACGGCAGGCAACUCUGGCUACUGUGAGGCGCGACACAAGGCCACUGGGACCGUCGUCCGCGCCUUUGUCAGUUCCUGCAUUGGCAUGAAGGGCGGGUCCCAGUUCGCGUGCAACCAGACGGGCGACUUUUUUGCCUAUGCGGACCUCCCGUCAAGAUACCGCGUCCGACAGCGCACGCCGCCGAUUUCCAAGGCCGAGCAAGGGGCGGACCUGACUCGAGGCAUUGUCAUGGCUGUCUACCCCAAGGUCAUGAAGGGUGUCUACGCAGCGAUCCAUCGACUUCGCGACACCGGAUGCAAGCUUCCCGUGGAACUCUGGUACCGCCGCGACGAAAUGAACACGUCGCAUCCCAUCAUCUCGACUCUUCUCGCCGAGGGCGGCAUCUAUGCGCGGGAGAUCGUCCAGCCAGAUGCCACGCAUUUCUACGUCAAGCCAUACGCGCUGUACCAUAGUGCGUUCACCCAAGUGCUAUUGCUGGACUGCGAUAACUUUGUGACUGUGGACCCAACGUACUUGUUUGGGAUGCCAGAGUUCACCGAAGUGGGGGCAAUGUUCUGGCCAGACUUUUGGCGCAUGAAGAAGACCAUCUUCAACAUCCACAACACUAGCGUGCUGUGGGACAUGCUCGGCGUCUCCUUCGUCGACAUGAUGGAGCAAGAGUCUGGUCAGGUGCUCGUGGACAAAUCGAAAUCCAAGGAUGCGCUGCGCACGCUCAUGUUUUACGCGUUCCACCACCCCCGCCUCAUCGAGACCCUCGACAUGGCGUGGGGCGAUAAGGACCUAUUCCGGUUCGCUUGGAUGAAGUCUCAGACGCCGUUCCAUAUGAUCCAGAAACCCCCUGGCAGCGCCGGCGUCAAGCAUCACACGUACGAUCCUUUCUCGGCCAAAAUAUAUUUGGAUAUUUGUAUAUUGCCAAAUCCAUAAUCGAGAACGAGUGUAUAUGUUUUAUAUAAAUUGACCUGUUUCAUACUAUUAUCAGGCAUACACUAAUUCGAUGUUGAAUGGUCGAAACGAAUUCUUUGAUUGGCCACUUGAAUAGUGUUGUGGGUUUGGAUUGGUCGAUCGAUAUUGUAUUCGAUUGAGCACAGCACACCAAUUUCGAAUCGACUUGACAAUCUUUAUAUCUUUUAUAUACAUACCCCUGUGGAUGAUUCAAUCGAACCGUUUCCACUAUGAUGGACGAUCCGUUUAGGUACAAUUUGUUUUGCGGACACACGAUGGUGCAGCACGACCCCCAUGGCAAAAUUGUGUUUUUCCACCGCAACACGUACAAGCUGACGGGGUAUGCCGACGCCCCGCGCAUUUGGGACCACGUGCAACAGUACAAGAAGCCCACCGUGGACGACAACUACGACGUCCGCGGGGCCAACGGCGGCGAAGUAUUUCCCACGUUUAAGCGGUGCUUCGGGCGGGACACGGCGUACGAGGAGCUGUUCGACCUGACUCCGCUGGUGGACUUCCCCUUUGGCAACAUGGAGGAGUCCAUCCUCCGCUACGCGCAUGACGCGUGGCUGCUGGAGCCGACGACGGAACCCCCCGCGACCACGGAACCCCCCGCGACCACGGACGCCUAAGAACAUCCUAAUUUUUAUAUAGAGCCUCGCUCCGACUGCGUUGCCAGUCGAGGGUUCGCGCGGUGUUGAAAUGGUCUAGGUUGUAGUGACGAGGUUACAGAAUACUAUUAAUAGUAUUAGUUAUAUCUGUCAACCAUUAAUAUCAUGUUAUACCGUACAGUUGGAC